GCAGAUUCACAACCCGAAGAAAGCGAUGACAAUGGUUGCAAUGGGGAGGAGAGAGGUGAGAAGAUCUGCCCGGACUUUUGCUGAGAAAGAUGGGAUCAGGAUCCACCUGAUCUUCCAUGCCUAGAAGAGUUCUACUCGGACUUUUUUGUUUUAUGAUAAGGAAGCAUUCGGACUUGAAAAGGGGGAGAGAAGAGGCCUUGCGACGAGGGAGAGUAGAGGCGUUAUGAUGGAAGGGUUGAGAUGGGCUGGCGUGAUGCUGUUAGAAGCUUUAAAUGAUUAGUUUUAUUAGAAUCGUUGGAUCCAAUCGGUGGUAGCAUAACACCCUGCAGUACAAAUUAUGUACCACGGAGGAUCCGUGCCCAUCAUUUCCAAAAUAGGCUUGAGUCCCGACCCUUUUACGCUAGGUGGUUUGACCAAGCUAUGAUCGCUAAUCUCCUGUGUCCUUCGAAGACUCGAAUGAAGUUUUCCCUUCGCUAGGAUUUCAUCUCUGCUUCCAUUGCCUCUCCAUCCUCUUUGGUCUCGUGAGCGAGCCUGGCCUAGUUGCCCUUCGAAUCAUUGUCGUCGCCGCCAUUCUCUAGUCAAAGCAGGGCGGAUGCGAGUCAGGCGACCCUCCUCUCGUCGAUCCAUUUUCCUGUGGAGGGUUUUUGGGUUGCUUCCUCUCCCCCCGCUUGCGACCAUCCUCAACUUCUCUUCAGCUGAGUUCUUCUAAGUCUUCUCAUCCAUUGCCGUUUCUAGGGUUUCAUUGCAUCUGAUGCUAGAUGGACAAUGAUUCUGAUCAGAAGGAAAAUAGUGAGUGGAAUUGUGAGGAAUCAAAGGGAAAAGAUGCAGCAGAUUCCAUGGAUAAGAAGAAUUCAGCUAGCAAGAUUGAAGGUGGAGUCCAGAUCUCGACAUUUGAUCACUGUGUGGAGAACUACUUCUCUACAAUGGAUGCUAUUUCGGCUCUCUGUGGGAAGCGUGGUGAGCACUUUGAGUCUGGCGAGAUUCAGCGGUUCUCUUCCAUGAUCACCUUCUUGAAAGAGUGGAGGCAUUUCUGUUAUGAACCAAAAAAUAUCAACUUUUCUUUUGAAACUGAAUCUGCACGAGUGAAAGAAGUUCCUGAUGGGAUACACUUAUCUCAGUUUUCAUCUGCAGCUGUUCCGAAGAUGGGACAAUUGCCUGGUAGAACAAGAAAUUCAGACAGCAAUGAUUUCAUCUUGCAUGCUGGGGGGCAUGUCUGGGGGUUGGACUGGUGUCCCCGGAUCCAUGAAAAGCCUCAUUCUAAUAUCAAAUGCGAGUAUCUUGCAGUUGCUGCUCACCCUCCUGGUUCUACAUAUCACAGGAUAGGUGUCCCAUUGAUUGGAAGAGGUAUCAUUCAAAUCUGGUGCCUCUUAACUUUGGAUGAGAAAGUGGAAUUAUCUCUACCAAGGUCCAGAAGAGGGAGACCUAAAAAGGAACCAGUUAAAGAAGAGCCACUAAAUGAUUUUGAUGGUACAGAGAUGCCAAUAACCACCAAAACAGCCUGGAAUAAUGUAUUGGCAUCGUCUUUUUCUGCUGAUGUAGAUUGUGAGGAGGUAACAGUUCAAAAGAGAUGGAGAGGAAGACCUAGAAAGAAUUCCAUUUCAACUGUAAAUGAUCAUGUUCCAGAAUCUGGUGUUGAAUCAGGGAAUGUGGCAUCACCUGUUUAUGCUGAUGUAAAUUUUGAGGAGGACCAAUUCAAAAAAGUAACAAUCAGAUUCCAAGUUGCUGUUGAUUUGGGGAAUAUUGCAGUGGCAUUGCCUGUUUCUGCUGAUAUUCCAGCAUCUGGUGUUGAAGCAGGAAAUGGUACAUCUUCCUUGGCCACUUCAACCAGACCUGAGACUUUGAACACGAAUGAAUCAUGUUUAUGCGGUGCUGUUGAUUUGGGGAAUAUUGCAUUUGCAUUGCCUGUUUCUGCUGAUGUAAAUUGCACAGUACAUGCUUCCUUAGCCACUCCAAGCAGAUCCGAGACUUUGAACAUUAAUGAAUCAUGUCCAUGCUGUAACAGUCAAACUCGAAGCACAAGUGAGUGUAUUCUGCCUUUAACUGUCGAGUUGGGGAAUGCUGCAUUAGCCUUACCUGUUUCUGCUGAUGCAAACUGUAAUGAGGAAGCAUUUCGUCCAAGGCGUAGAGGGAGACCUCGAAAGAGACCACUUCCAACUCUAAACAAGUGUGUUACAGCAUCUGGUGUUGAAUCAGGGAAUGAUAUAUCUGUAUUGCCAACUUUUAGCAGACUUGGUACUUGCAGUGUAGAUGAAUCACCUCUAUUUAGUAAUAGUCAACCUGUAAAUGUAAGUGAGGGUUUUCUGCCUUUAACUUUUGAUUCAGGGAAUUUUGCAUUGGCAUCAUCUGAUUCUGCUCAUUUGAAUCACCUCUAUUUCGGCAAUUCUCAGGAUGCGAUGCUCAUAAGUAAUGAAGUGGCCUGUGAGAGCUCAUCAAAAGCUGAUUUAACUAGUUUAAUUCCAAGAGACAUCGCUUUGCCCCGGGUUGUACUCUGUCUAGCUCACAAUGGGAAAGUUGCAUGGGAUGUGAAAUGGAGACCUUCCACAAUCAACGAUUGAGGCAUGCAUCAUAUGGUUUAUCUGGCUGUUAUUGUUGGGGAAAUGGUUCUCUGGAAGUGUACUGAUCCUCGAUUUUUGAAAUUGGAACCUGUAUUCAGAUGUGCAAAGGUGAAAUGUGGAGAUCGACACAGCAUUCCUCUGACAAUGGAGUGGUCACCUUCUGCCCAGCAUGAUCUAAUAUUAGCUGGAUGCCACGAUGGAACGGUUGCCUUGUGGAAGUUUGCUGCACAAUAUCCAUCUCAAGAUACAAAACCCUUACUUUGCUUCACGGCCGAUUCUGCUCCUAUAAGAGCACUUGCUUGGGCUCCAGAGGAAAGUGAUAAGGAGAGUGCGAAUCUUUUUGUGACUGCUGGACAUGAAGGUUUAAAAUUUUGGGACCUACGUGAUCCAUUCCGUCCGCUAUGGGACUUGAAUCCCACACAAAGAGCAAUUUUGAGUGUGGAUUGGAUAAAACAUCCUAGAUGUAUUAUCUUAUCGCUUGAUGAUGGAACCUUGAGGAUCCUCAGCUUGUGGAAAGCAGCAUAUGAUGUUCCUGUUACUGGAAGACCAUUUGCUGGGACAAAGUAUCAAGGACUGCAUAACUUUGGCUGCUCGUCUUUCGCCAUUUGGAAUGCCCAGGUGUCACGAACUCUAGGUCUCGUUGCUUAUUGUGGUGCAGAUGGUUCUGCAGUUCGGUUUCAGCUUACUGAAGCUGUGGACAAAGAUCCAAAGCGAAACCCUAAGCCGCAUUUCCUUUGCGGGUCACUUAUGGAAAAAGGCCAAGUUCUUGAGAUCAAUAGCCCACUACCUGAUGUUCCAUUGCCCAACAUUCCUUUCACGCAAAAGAAGUUGGUUGAUGACUGUGUAGACACUGCUCAGACCAUGCAGUUGCAUGGUUGCUUGUCAGAUAUAGAUCAGACAGAACAAAGAGGUCAUGCUGUUUCAGGUAGUGAAGAAACAAUGGGAAAUACAACAUCAAAAUCCAGAAAGAAUGAGAGGAAGAAGCAGCAUGCAAGUGCAAUAUCUGGCCAAACAAAAUUUCAUGCUGAAAUAGAGCAAGGGAUAUUGCAAAGAAACGAAAACAGAGAUGAAGGAUCUGCACAACAGUUUGAAGCAUACCCUCCCAAAGUUGUGGCUAUGCAUAGAAUAAGGUGGAACAUGAACAGAGGGAGUGAAAGAUGGUUGUGUUAUGGCGGAGCUGCAGGCAUCAUUCGAUGUCAGCAAGUUUCCUUGCCAACAAUGUAGUUAGUACUAAUAAUCAAAAGGAGGUCCUGUAUGAGGCUAGACCAAGCUAGAGAAAGACUUGGUUUGGUUCGAAUGAGAUGGUUUAUCGCUUGGAAGGUAGCCGUGGCUGGGGAAUUUAGAGAAUAUGUUACUUUGCUUCGAUGAAGCAAAUGAUGAUGCUAAGAUGAU